AUGGGUAACAAAGGUAAAUCUAAAGUCAAUGCCAAUGAGGGUCAACAUAGUGGUACACAAUUAUGGGUCACAUAUGCAACACCUACUUCGAAGAAAGGACCAAUUUGGAUGCAACCCCCCAAGAUAUUCGUCCCUGAAGUUUCUAAUGAAACAAAUCCAUGGAUCUGGCCUUCUCCGAAUCAACAAAAAUCACAAGGUGGAGAUAAAUCUGCAAAGACUGUCAAGAAUGAGCCUGCAGAGACAAUUAAGAAUCCCAUCGAGACUGCGUUUGUUUCAGGUUUCUCUUCAGACAAAUUCGUUUUGAGAUAUUAUACCAAUAAUUCCGUACCUGCCAGAGGAUCUAUUUGGGAACAUCCACCUCUUCCUGGCACUACCGAAUUCGAGACUCCUGCUGAUCUCGAUCCAGCUGCAUGGACUACUGUACCCGAAAAUGCAAGGUGGUCUACGCUUCCUGCCUAUGCCAUUAAUCCGGUAUUCAAAUCAAUUAAGGUUCCAUGGUGCACUAAAAAGAGAGCAAUUACACUCCUCACUAUGGCAGUUCCUCUAAGUCCAAAUGUUGCAGUUCCUACUAAUGGGACAAGUCCGCCAGCUGCUAAGAGUCCUUGGGCUACAAUACCAACUGAUGUUGCAUUUUCUACUCCUCCCGAACAGGAAAAUCCAAAAAAUGUUGUUGCAAACCAUGAUUGGGGUGUUAAACCUGCGGUCGUUGCUGAAAAAGAUACUAUUGCAGCAAAUGCCUGGGACGAUGUACCAGAAGUCACAGAACCAGUAGAGCCUUUCCCCAAUUUGGUUCACUGGCCUUUUACGGGUCAAGAGGAUAGAUUCAAGAAGUUGGCUUCAGUGGGACCAUUUGUCUUCAACUGGAGAGAAGAUAUCUUCAAGCAUCCAAAACAUAACCAAGAACAAAGUACAUUAAUCAGAGUACUUCAAAUAGAAGGUAUUGAUGCUAUUCUUCUCAAAUAUAUUUGGGAAAAUCAUAGCAAUGCUUCUGCUUUAUGUCGAACGAGUCAGAAAUCAUGGGAAGUCUCGAUGGCUAUUACUGGCAUCUGGGAUGUGUCUGGAGGUUCUUUCGAAGGCUGUGAUGUACCGAGAGAGAACAAUGACUCUGAUGCUAGAGCAGCUUCAGUUGUUGUGAUUACACCUACUAGGGAUAUGGAACCUAUCAAAUAUGUUACUCAAGUCAAGAAUUUGAAUAAGAUGUGUAUGGCAAUGCACAACUUCAGCGAAUUUCUCCAAAACAUCCAAUUACAUCACGUUCCCUUCCUCACCACCCACAUUCUCGCCUUAGUCAUUCCUGAAAUCCGCAAGCUCAAAACCCUCGGUGUCUACAACUGUGAAUUAAUUCAUCUAUUCGAUGGAAUCGAACUCCUUAACAUCAUCACGCGAGAUCGUCUCCGAGGUUGCGAACACCAAGUCGAUUUAGAUUUCUAUCCCGCGUAUCAUGUUGGUCCUCACCCUAUCUAUCAAGCAGGUGUUCAGAAAGGAAAAAGAAAAUUGGGUGCACAGUAUUCAUAUGGUGUUACUUGGGAUGAUCCUGGUAUGCAUGUUGCUGAUAUCAGAAUUGCCAUUUGGCAGGAAGUUCAUAGUCUUCUUCGUCAGUCGAGAGCUCAGGGUAUCGAUUUUGUUUCAAAACAUACAAUGUUUAGACAAUGGUUGGAUAAGUCACCUUGUAUGCUUGUGGAGGAAACUCUUCAGAUCCUAAUGGAUGAUGAUGUAACGGUCGAUCAUGUUAUUGCUCAUGUUGCAUAUGGAGAUUUUGGUGGCAGGGUUGAGAAAUAUCAUGAGGCGUUGAAAGGAAAAGGUAUUGCGAAUAAAACCGAGGGCGUAAAAUGGAUGGCAGAAGGAUUCGUAUGUUGUCAAUGCGAGCAUCUCCUCCCGGGAGUCUGGUUCUCCUACCAAAUGAUCCGACAAUACAAAAUUGAUCCCGUGGACCAACCCAUCUGUCAAGCCUGCAAAUUAUCCCAAUACCUAGACCAGGAAUCCGAUCACUACAAAAAAGAGAAAUUCAGCAUCAUCAAAGCAUGGUGCUGGGAGCCCAUCAUACCCAGUGUUCCCGGUGCUCCGAACCAAGGAGAAUGGAAUACCAACGAUAUAGGCAAAUUUCUCCGCAUCUUCGAGAGUGCACCUGAAGGUCGCUGGGUCAGACGAUUGGCGCACAUACUACAGAUCAAGAGAGAACUUGAUGAGAGUCGUCACGUUUUUCAUGAAAUCGAUGAAGUGCAGAGACCGGUUAGUAAACAGGCUUUGGGUCGAAGAGGCGCGUAUGGUCUUCGUGCGGCGACGGUUCAAGAUAAGUUGUGGAUUGAGAGUGGAAGAAAACAUAGUGAAUGGGAUUCUUUCCGCGAAGAUCGGAUUAAUGGUCAUGGUGUACCGGCUACUUUUAGGGGUCAUUGGUAA